AUGCGCACUGGCAAUGCGCCCAAGAACAUGGUCGGCACCUUUGUCCACAUCCUCCGCAAUGACGGCCCCCUCGGUCUUUAUAGUGGUAUCUCAGCCUCGCUGCUGCGCCAGAUGUCGUAUUCCACCGUCCGAUUCGGCGUCUACGAAGAGCUCAAGACGCGCAUUACACGCCGUAACGAAGGUCGUGACCCAUCGUUUGCGACUCUCGUUGGCCUCGCCGCUGGCUCUGGUUUCGUAGGCGGCAUUGCUGGAAACUUUGCCGAUGUACUUAAUGUGCGCAUGCAGCACGAUGCUGCGCUUCCCCACGCCGAGCGUCGAAACUACCGCCAUGCGUUUGACGGCAUGGUUCGCAUGGCGCGCGAAGAAGGACCCAAGAGCAUGUUCCGUGGCUGGUUGCCAAACAGUAGUCGUGCCAUGUUCAUGACAGCCGGCCAACUCGCCAGUUACGAUAUCUCAAAGAGUCUGCUGCUCAAGUACACGCCCAUGGAGGAUAACCUCAAGACUCACUUCACCGCUUCGUUCAUUGCUGGUUUUGUUGCUGCUACCAUCACAAGUCCUGUUGAUGUUAUCAAGACUCGUGUCAUGUCUUCGACGCAUGACCACGGAGUUCUGCACUUGAUUCGCGAUAUUCACCGAACUGACGGCCUUAUGUGGAUGUUCAAGGGCUGGGUUCCCAGUUUCCUCAGACUUGGACCUCAAACCAUCUGUACAUUUGUCUUCCUAGAAAUGCACCGCAAGGCAUACCGCAAGGUGCAAGGCUUAGACGCGAACCUAUAG